UGCCUGACCAUACGGGAGGGCAUUUCCUAGGGGAGUCUCACAACAGCCCCUACCCCGGACCACAGGGCAGAUCUGUUAAUAUGUAUUAAUCAACUCUAAAUUAACCUGCCUUGCACCAGCACCGCUUGGCGACACCUGACAGCACUCCUUAGCGGGUGGUCGUUACACCACACACGUUCUAUUUUCCGUACAGCGUUUACAUAGUGCAGGCUGCGCCGGGUCCCGGCUCCCACUCUGUCCCACCCCAUCCCACCCCAUCCCACCCCACGGCUUCCCUCGCAGGGCUCUGUUUCCCCGGGCUGGCCCCAGCCCGGCACAGCCGCUCCCGCGCCGCCGCGGCCUGCCCGCCCCUCCCCGCAGCCGGAACGCGCCGCGCGGGGCCGCGUUGCGCGGGGAAGGGCGCGCGGCGGCACCGGCGGCCGCCAUGGCGGUGGACAUCACCCUGCUCUUUAAGGCCAGCGUGAAGACCGUGAAGACCCGCAACAAGGCGCUGGGGGUGGCGACGACGGGGGACAGCGCGAGGGACGAGCUGCUCAAGCGGGGCACCGCCCGCUCCAAAAGCGACUUCACCAGCCGGGCGCGGGAGGUGAUUUCUCAUAUUGGAAAGCUGAAAGAUUUUCUUCUACAACACAGAAAGGAUUAUAUUAAUGCUUACAGCCAUAUUAUGUCUGAAUUUGUGAGAAUGACGGAUACAGAGCGUGACCAGAUAGAUCAAGAUGCCCAGGUGUUUAUGAGAACGUGUGCAGAUGCCAUUCAUCAGCUCAGAACAGAAGCACACAAGGGUGUCCAGUCUGCUCAGGUGAAGGAGCACAGAACAGCUGUCUUGGACUUCAUUGAAGAUUACUUAAAAAGAGUGUGCAAGCUGUAUUCUGAACAAAGAGCCAUCCGAGUUAAGCAAGUGAUAGACAAGAAGAGACUGUCCAGACUUGAACCUGAGCAGAGCAAUGUGUCCAAAGCACCUCUUUCCACUGAAAAAUCUUCACAGAGUCCUUUAGAGGAUUCUGAAGAAAAACUUUGUGCUGAGGAAAGCAAAGACAGGAAUCUGCCCGAUGCCCAAAGUAACCUUGGAUUAUGGGGGGAUGGCAGAGGUGAAGAUGAGCUGUCACCUGAAGAAAUACAAAUGUUUGAACAGGAGAACCAGAGACUUGUUGGUGAAAUGAACAAUCUCUUCGAUGAAGUCAGACAAAUUGAAGGAAAAGUGGUGGAAAUCUCCAGAUUACAAGAGAUAUUCACUGAGAAAGUCUUGCAACAGGAAACUGAUAUUGACAAUAUCCACCAAUUAGUUGUGGGUGCAACAGAGAAUAUAAAAGAAGGCAAUGAAGACAUAAGAGAGGCCAUCAAAAACAAUGCUGGAUUUAGAGUAUGGAUCCUCUUCUUCCUUGUGAUGUGUUCAUUCUCCUUGCUUUUCCUGGACUGGUAUGACAAUUAAUUAAACAUAUUAUUGGCUCCA